CCCAUGUCUCUUUUUGUUUCUACCAAAAAAAAAAGGGAAGGAAGAAGAAGAGAAUAAGGCUGGCAGUGGUCUUCUGAGUGACCACUACUAAAAUCAGUGUGUUCAUUAUCCUCUGACAAGUAAGCCCUAAAUCCCCAUGCAAAGGUAUGAUGAUACUAAUUUUUGUAUGUUCGUCUUGCAUCAGCUGAUUUCAGGAUAAACAUGCACACUUUGUCAUCAAUGCUUUAACUUGUGUUUUUCCUUUACUCGAUGACCUCCUAGCAUGUCUACAAUAUAUAUUAAAUGGCUAUCAGGAAUUCAAACUCAAUCCUAACGCAAAGGGGGUCACCCCAUCACAAACAACUGUUAGGCUUCGUUUACCAGUAUCAGAUGGUUCCUUUUAUUAUCCACCCAAUGUGUCUCCUGUAACGCAUAUCCAUGGCAUGCCUGUUGGUUUUGGGAUUGGACCGUCAUUUGCUGCACACCAGCCUGUUAUAUUUAAUCUGACAGUGGCACCAAUACAGCCACCACACGCAAGCUUUCAUCCAAAUGGACCUCAGUAUGGGCAGCAGCAAAUGUUUCUUGGGCAGUCUAGCCAAGCUACCAACCUGAAAUGCCGAAGGACGGGAUUAUUAGCCAGUUAGAUUGCUGACUUCAUUCGGUUGUGAUCCAUUCUGCUCAUAAAGAAUAAACAUCUGAGAGAGUGCUUGGAUCAAUUUUCUCGAAACAAAGCCAGGCAGCCCAUUAAAGAUCUUAUAGUUACUCAACCCCAUAUGUUCUGAGUGAUUGUUUUACACAUCCUCAGAGAUAAUUUCAUUACCUCGUAUGCUUCAUUCAUACCCAUGACACCAUAUGCCUUUAGAUUUGUAGAAUCUCUUGACUAACUUGUACUAUCUGAUUUGUUGUCUAAUAGUAACAGUGUUUAGGAUCAAUUUGAAGCGUGCUCCAUAAAUUGUUUGUGUCCUUGGGUGUUGCUUUCUUUGCAUUUCUUAUAUAGGAUACAAGUAAGCGUGAUAAUUACUUCAGGAGUCUUUUAUCUUCUCAAUUUUUUUGAUAAUAGAGUCGCAUUUUAGAA